UAUCCAAUUGUCUUCAUUAACCUGAUUUCUAACUGUAAAUUGACUUCUUGUUUGAAUGUAAAUGUUGUCAAUGAAUGAGAUAUUUCACCUGGUUUGAUUCAGCUGAACUCUAAAUGAUACAUUUCAGAAUCAUAUAGUUUUGUAGGUUCACAUAUAAGUGUUAUGUUUUCCACAACCUGCAGACAUCCUCAAAUGUUUAUUUCACUAUUCUUGUUAGGUGCUCAAUAAGUGAAGGCAUCCAAGUGGAUUGCUUACGAAAGGAACCAAUGGAGGGUAAAAGUUCAGGACCUUCAUGCUCUGGACUCAAUCUGGUCGCACACCCACGAGCAAAAAGCAAAGUCUGGAAGUACUUUGGCUUUGACACAGAUGCAGAUGGGUGCAUAUUACACUGGAAGCGGAUAUACUGUCGUGUAUGUAUGAGCCAAAUUGCUUACUCUGGAAACACCUCCAAUCUGUCGUACCACCUAGAAAAGAACCAUCCGGCAGAGUUCAGUGAGUUUGUGAAGUGCAACACGGAUCAGAUGCGUGAGGCAUUCGCUACAGCAUUCUCUAGGAUAAAGACAGAGCCACCAGCUCAACAUUUUCAGCAAUCCCAGGACACAAACUUAAAGCAUAGCUUAAACAAUGAAAACAGACGACACAAUGAUCUUACGUUCGCCAUCAUCAAUUUCAUCUGCGAGGGGCUGUAUCCCGUGUCUGUAGUUGAGGAGCCUACUUUCAAGACUUUAAUGAGUACAGUUGAUCCUGGAUACUCUCCACCAACCAAAAGUGACCUGGCAGUUAAAAUGCUUCCUCAGAUGUAUUGCCGUACCCGGGAUAUGGUCUUCAGUGAUCUUGGUGGGGUUGUGAACUGUGGCGUUACUACAGACCUUUGGCAAAGCCAAACCCAGAACAGAACAUAUAUUUCACUCUCUAUGCAUUCAGUUAACUACAAUAGUACAACUGGGUUCUCUAUGACCAACAAGUGCCUUAAAACGUUUGAAGUACAAGAGGAUAACACAGCCGAGAAUAUUACCAGAGCUAUGUAUGAAGCCUUUGUUGAGUGGGGGAUAACUCAUAAAGUCAGCGGUGCCACAACAAAUGGUUCAGUAGAUAUUGUGAAAGCGUGCUCACUCUUGGAACUGUCUGUGGAAAUGCCGUGCCUCGGACACACUAUCAAUCGUGCAAUGGACGAAGCCUUCCAGCUGCCGCGAGUCGACAGCUUUUUAGGAUGUUGCCGAAAACUUGUUGAUCAUUUCAGAGAACCGGCAAUGUAUCUGCUUAGAGAAAAACAGAAGCAGCAUGGCCUUCCACAGUCUGCACUCAUCACAGACAGGGGUAGGCCUUGGUUGGCCACAUUGGCAGUGUUACAAAGAUUAAGAGAGCAGCAGGUUGCUAUAACUGCAACACUCAUAGAGAGUUCCAGUAGCCAACAUUUCAGCUUUGAUGGUCCUGACUGGGCCUUGUUGGAGGGCUUGAUUGAAAUCCUCCAACCUUUUAAAGUUGUAGCAAACAUGAUCACUUCUUGUAGGUACCCAAUUAUUAGCAUGGUAAGGCCUGUGCUUCAUAUGCUUUUGAACACUACCCUUAAAGUUAAAGAAGGGGACCUCAAAGAGAUCAGCAUGACGAAAGAGGUUAUCUCCAAGGUCCUAUCAAACACCUACUCCCAGAAUUCACAACUAUCGCAAGAGAUCUCAACAUUCCUCAACAUUGCUACAUUUCUAGAUCCCCGGUACAAGAAGUUGCCUUUCCUGUCCACACAGGAACGCUCCAAAGUUGAGAGUAACAUUAUUGAGGAGGCAAAAGCAAUCCUUGAGAAGCAGAUUGCGGAGCGACCAUGUCUUGAUGAUUUUUCUGUUGUGUCUGAUGAGCCUCCUAGCAAAAAACAGACACCUAUGCGAGAAUCUUCAAAUAGCAGCGCAACCCAAGACAACCCUCUGGCUGCCAUAUUUUGCCAGUCUGAUGCAGACCAGAGUCAGGAGGAGCUGCAUGCUCAGAUUGUAGAGGAGCUGAGCAACUACAAAUCCCAGAGAGUCCUAGGUCUGAAUGAAGACCCUUUACUUUGGUGGUCAAGUCAUGCAGCUUUGUUCCCCACCCUCCCCAAGGUGCUCCAGAAGUACUGGUGUAUUCCUGCCACAAGUGUCCCUUGUCACAGGCUUUUCAGCUCCUCUGGGACUGUUCUGUGUGGCAAGAGGAACUGUAUAACUCCAGCAUUAGUAGAUCAACAAGUCUUCUUGUAUGAGAACUCACGGAGCUACUACGAGCCUGAACCCUGUGUGGAUGAUUUGGACAAUGUCUGGGAAGGCCACUGUAGUCAGCCACUUGAGUGAUUGUGUGCCUAAAAUCACAAAAUGUCAAAGAAUUUCUACAACUUUAUUUCCUGUGUACUUGGCAGACUACAUGUUAGACCAGCUGAAACAUUAAAAAAUGUAAGGUGUAGUGUGAAAAUGUAAUGGACCUGUUGUUAUAAUAACUUUGCUUGGAUUUCUGGCCUGUAAUAGGUAUGAAAAGGAUAGUGUAAUGUAUGGGGGAAACUGCAUUCUUUCCAGGAGUGAGAUGAGAAGAUUGGUAUCAAUCGAGUUUGAGCUAAGGAGCUAAAGUCAGAUAAUAAACCUUGAUUACAUAAAGACUAGAAUCAGGAGAAACAGCAAGCCUGCCUCUGUCAACACUUCAUAAGUAUGUUCUCCCACCACCUCAUAAGCUCAGUAAUUAAAUGUAAUAUGUUUAAUCUGUACUUAAACAAAAAUGCAAAAACAACUGUUAAGCUGUUGUUGCUCAAUGCUCCAACUUGUAGUUCCACCUUAAAACUACAAACCAGCCAGCUUAGCCAUGUGGCAAUA